GCUCCAAUUCCCGUCUCCGUUUCCCCUCAAUCGUCCGCCCCGUUUACUAGAAGCAGGCCGACUCGACCAAACAGCAUCAUAACAUAGACUUUCUUCAACACUUCACGCCGGCCUUUUCACAACCUAUCCAACCAAAAACACGAAAUACUGCACCGCCUAUCUUUCACCCUACAACACCACGGCCUGCGAUCCGCGACCAUGUGUUCCGCCGACGUCUUCCUCGGCCUGCUCGCCAUCCUCUUCCCACCACUGCCGGUCUGGGUAAAGAGGGGAAUCUGCUCUGCCGACUCCUUGAUCAACAUCCUGCUCUGCAUGCUGGGCUUCCUCCCCGGCCUCCUCCACGCGUGGUACAUCAUCGCCAACUAUCCCGAGCCCGACUACGACUACCAGGGCGUCCCCCAGGACUCGGAGCGCGUCACGUACGUCUUCGUCCACGGGCCCGGCCAGCACAACGCCCAGUACCAGUCGCAGCGGGCCCCCAAGCCUUCGGGCGACAACAAUAACAGCAGGACGUACGGCACCACCGCCGCCAGCGGCGGCCAGAACCCGCAGCAGCAGCAGCAGCAGCAGCAGCAGCAGGCCGGCGCGGGAGAGGGCUCCAGCGACGGCGCCGCGCCGCCCAGCUACGCGCAGGUCGUAGCUGGCGACAACAAGGUGCAGUCGCACGACUAGUAGGCUGUCGGCUUUGUCAUGGCGUCAUGGCUUUCGUCCCGACUUGCGCUCGGCCCCCGCGUGUUUCUACGUCAUCGCAUAUCCUGGCUGUGGCCUUGUGUGCGGUAGGACCCGGGGAUAGGGGCCGAUAGUGGGGAGCAACGGAGCUAUGGUUUUCGUGGCUAUUGCUGGGGCUGGAACUUCUUCUUGAGGUCGCUCCUGGCCCCAUGAGGCGGAGGUCGGGUCACUAUUUCGUUUUUGUGCUUGUUGGGAGUCCAUUGUGUCGAUAUGUUGGUGUUGGGCAGUUUCUCGUCGAUCCAGCCGGAGGCUUCUGGUUUCAUUUUUCCUUUAUUCCUCGGGCAAGGUCUCAGACACAAAGAUUAGACCACGGUCGGUCGUUGUCAUUCUUUUGUUUUUGUUUUGCCGUGUCAGUAUUCCGAGACCUGAUGCGUCCGUGCGACUCGGCAGUAUGCAUGCCAGCAGUCCUCAAUGAACUGCAAUAAACUGUAGAGCUACCUGCUCAAGGCGAGGCGGCUACACGGUUCUCCUUUUACAUGAAUUCAUAUACAUAUGGUACAACCAGCUCGUCGUGUGUUUUGUCCGUGACACUCCUCACAGGGCCAACAUCCUCAUCAUCCUCAAUAUCUCGGCGUC